CAGUCCCGAGAGUGGAUCUACGGCCAGACACCUCUUUUCACCUUCUCGACUCACCCCUCGGAAGACGACCCACGAGAACGUCCGCAGCUUCCAGGCAACGUAAGUGAACUGCUCUCUUGCCCUCCUGAAAUCACAAUCCCUCCCGCCUCCUGCACCCCCGUGUCUGACCCGUUGCAGUUCAACCUCACAUUCGAAGCCCGCCAUGGUCUCAUCCAAAAGUUCUCACUGUCCGGCCUGCCGUCCGGCGGGGGUGCGAGCAGCCUCUCAGAGACCAUGGUAAAUGCCCAGAUCUGGGAGAUUGACGACUGGGUGCGCCGUCUCAGCGCAGGCGGCUUGAACGGAAAGGACGCCUCGACCAUUGGAGAAUGGCUGAACUCCCUCUUGGGAAAGAAGGAGAACGAGUGA